GUGGCAGGCAUGGUAUGGCUCUGCAGGCUUUGUGUGGCAUGGUCCCCAGGAUACCACUCAGGGCACGCAGCUGGGCCAUGGAGCCCAGCAGCCAGGGUGCAGGUCGGGGCCUGCCCGUACCCACGGUGGGGCUCUGCAGUGGGGUCCCUCCUCAAGCCUCAGUUUCUUCAUCUGUCCCCGCCUUGUGGGAGAGUUCAGUGAUAGGAGCAGGUCCAGUGCACAGAGCAGGGGCACCUGGUCCAGGGCACCAGGCUAUUCAGACCCCUGCUCUACAGAUGGGACCAAGCCCUCUCAGAUGGCCGCCCGGGGCUUCAGCUCCAGGCUGGGCCAGGCUUUAUGGGAGAAGAGGCUCUGCCUUUCAGGGUGAGUGUGGGUUGUGGGUGGGACCCCCUUUCCUGCACAGAAUACCCAGGAUGGGACUCCCCAGUCCCGACUUAACUGAGGUGGGGUGGCCUCUAGGGGCCCUCCAGAGGCCAGUGAGCCCAACUCCACCCACUGGCCUUUCUGAUUGGGGGGACUGGGCAACGCCCCCCUACCCUCUUGAGAAACUUUUUUUUUUUAAUUUUUUAUUUUUUGAGACAGGGUCUUGCUCUGUCACCCAGGCUGUGAUGCAGUGGCGCGAUCAUAGCUCACUGCAACCUCGAGCUCCCAGGUUCAAGUGAUCUUCCCACCUCAGCCUCCGAGUAGCUGGAACUACAGGUGCACACCAACAAGCCCAGCUAAUUUUUUGUUUUUUAUAUUUUGUAGAUCCUGGGUUUUGCCAUGUUACCCAGGCUGGUCUUGCACUCUAGGGCUCAAGGGAACUGCCCGCCUCAGCCUCCCGAAGUGCUGGGGUUACAGGCGUGAGCCCCCAUGCCCAGCCAGGAAACUUUUUAAAUUUUAGUUUCUUUAUUAGUAUUUUAAAAACAAAAUAACUCAUGUUCCUGUAAUAGCUAACAUUUGAGUAAGGUAGAAGUGAGCGCUUGAGGCAGGCACUGUGACAUUUGGAAGCAGGUGGCUGUGCGGUUGGCGACCUCGGUUUUUCCCACGAGGCUGGUCUGCCACCGGCUGUGUUCUCGUCCCCAUCCUGGGCGUCUGCCUGUCGGCGUAUGUCACAUUGGCUUGUUCUCAUGGCUGCAUAGUGUCCUGCUGCCUGGAUGCACCACAGUCCUUCAGCCAGGCGCCACUGUGUGCCCCCACUGUGUGCCCUCUGUGUGCCCCCACUGUGCCCUCUGUGGGCAUUAACUCCAGGUACUCGGGCUGCAGGGUAGAGGAGGCAGCCAGGCCUCAGGCUGUGCCCAUCUGUGGCCUUAGGAGUCACAGCAGCUGCCUCUGAGAGGCCAACAGGUGUCAGGGCACCCAAGCCACCACUGUGUCCAGAACGGCAUUUCCACUUCACUGGCCAGGCCUAAAGUCCUGAGGGGCCUUUGCUCCAGGGACCCAGGGUGCCUCCCUCAACAGGGCAGGAACUAGGUCAGGAAUACCAUGGGGCACUGAAGGAGGACCCUCCCUCUAUCCCUGUAACCCUUCAUCCCUGUACCCCUCCAUCCCUGCAUCCCCGCACCCCUCCAUCUCUGCACCCCUCCAUCCCUGUACCCCAUCCCUGUACCCCUCCGUCCCCCAUCCCUGCACCCCUCCAUCCCUCCUUCGCUGUACCCCUCCAUCCUCCAUCUCUGCAUCCCUGCACCCCUCCAUCCUCCAUCCCUGUACCCUUACAUCCUACAUCCCUCCAUCCCUGCAUUCCUCCAUCGCAGCAUCCCUCCAUGCCUCCGUUCUCUGCAUCUUUCCACCCUAGUAUCCCUGCACCUCUGCGUCCCUCCAUUCCUACAUCCCUCUAUUUUUCCAUCCCUCCAUUCCUGUAUCCCUGUACUCUCCAUCCUCCAUCCCAGCAUCCCUCCACCCCUGCUCCCCACUCUCACUUCCCUUCCCUUCACAGACACGUUUUUCCUGCCAUCCUCAGACCCCGCCCACGGUUACCUGAUGCCUUUUCAGCUGCACACGGAGACUGACUCACCUCUCUCUUUCUCAGUCCCAAAGUCCCCAAAGAGAGCAUCUGAUGUGGCCAGCUUGUGACCAGGCGUCCACCUUCUGUCCAUGACACGGAGGCCAGGGGAGGGUCUCACUGCCCAGCACCCCACCCGGUGCUCCCAGGCCUUUUGAAUGUUCCUCCUGCUCAGCCCAGUGACUGUGGGCUGUGGCUCCUCCUUCAGCCUCCCCUCGAGGUCCUGGUCUUACUUAGGAGGCCCCAGGUGUAGAUCCGGCCCCACCCACCAGGCAUUGCCCCUUUUCCUGGCUUCACAGACUCAGGAAUAAAGUUUCCUUCUGUUUCCCCUCUUGCAGAAGGAGAUCCGGUUGGCAGCUAAACCGCGCUGGGAACAGGGGCUGAGUCCUGGACCAGGGCUCUUUCCCCGGGGCUGCUGCAGAUGGGGAGGAGCCUACACCCUCCUCCCGAGUGCUCACCUUGAUGAAAGGACUGUGCUAACCAGACCUCACAGGCUGGAGAAUGGCCAGUCAGCCUGAGGCCACCGCGGGACACCACCUAGGCCCAGCUUCUCCCCCCACCAGAGGGCGCCAGAGCCCGCCAAGGCUCGUAGGAGAUGGAAACAGGGCCUGCUGCCACCUAGCGGCCAAUUCCAGGAAUGAAUCUCGGCACCCUCAUUACCCAGCAACUCUGCCCAUCUUGACCCUUUAUGUGAACCAGAACAGCCGCUUCCCCCCUGAGCUGUCAGAAGGCGUCGUGCCUGUCUUGCUAGUGAGGAAACUGAGGCUCAGAGAGGCAGAAGACUUGCCCAAGAUCACACCACCAGGACCCAGGAUUCAAGCGCAGGCCUGCCCAGGCUCUCUGUGGCCUCCUGGCUGCAAGGAGGCAGCCAGGGACCAGGUGCCACCCUUCUGACGUGAGGCAAGGAAUGCCCGUCCCUUGGGCACGUCUAACUUGGUGAAGGUCCCACGGGUGGGUUGUGGCAUGGUUCCAGCUUGCCGGGUCUGGUGUGGGCAGCAGCUCUCUGCCUUGCCCCAAGUUGCUCGUGGGCGGCCCCAGCAGAGCCCACUGCAGCUUCACUCCCCUGCGUGCCGCCUGCCAGUCGGGGGUCCACUGCAUCCUAGGUCCUGGGCAAGUCCCCUCCCUUCCUGAAACCUUAGUUUCCUUCUCUGUGAAAUGGGGACGUGGCGGUGGUGGCACCUCCUACACCUGCUGAGAGCUAAGUGAAGUCGUGCGUGGGCAGUGCCCCUGCGAGGAGGACCCACCGGACCACACGGCUCAAGUGGCUCUGGAUUUCCUUGCAGACACCUGAGAUCCCAGGCCCAAGAGGAUUAAGGUGGGAUUACCUCGAGCGUGUCUGAAUGCUGGAGGAAGGGCAGCUGGGAGAUGAAGCUGUUAGGACGGGCCGCAUCCCAUUUCCUGCCUCGUUUCAAUUCAACUUUCCAACAGCCCUCCCUGGCUCGUCUUGCUCUCAUCUAAUGGACAAACAGGCUCAGAGAGGUGGUGUGACUUGCCCAAGGUCACUCAGCUUGGAUGCUGUGGAACAGGGACGUCCACUGUCCCAGUCUGUUUAUGGGAAGCCGCUCUGCAACUGUCCUGACCCACCACAUGUCCCACCGCUGUUUCUCUUGCCCUGACACCUCGUUCCCCGGACCAGGGUGGCACAGCUCCAGGCUUUUGGGCCCUUCCCGAUGGCAGGCACCUGUGACUAUGUCCCCAAAGACCUGAGUGGCUGAGGGGGCCCCACAGAGCUGGGGCUUCCUGGAGGACGAGGAGGGGUCUGCCAGCCACCCCCACCACCCCUGCCCCAGGGCUCCCCUGGAGCUUCCAUGCCAGCCAGACUCAGGUGGAUCUGGAGGAGCACCGUGCCUCCAAUCAGACCUUGAGAUGUGCCCCCUGCCCCCACCGUGCCCUCCCCGGCCCAGGACUCUGGUUGCAAGCCCUGACUAAGGGGAUUUUAUCUCCACCAGGGGACCAGUAGGUGGGAAGUGGCUUAAACAAUGCAGGUUUAUAAUCUCGCAGUUCUGGAGGUCAGGAGUCUGAAAUGGGCCUCACGGGGCUAAAAUCAAGGUGUCCGCAGGGCUGUGUUCCUUCUGGAGGCUCCAGGGGAGGAAGGGGAGGAUCCACUUCUGUGCCUUUCCAGCUUCUAAAGGCUGCCUGUGUUCCUUGGCUUGUGGCCCCUUGCUCCAUCUUCAAGCCAGCAGCAGAGGCCUGAGUCCUUCUCAUGCCGUCUCUCUGUUCUCUCUCCUGCCUCCUCCUCCACACUGAAGGACCCUUGUGAUCACACUGCCCACCCCCCCCCGAUGACCUGGGAUAAUCCAUCUCCCUGUUUGAAGGUCGGCUGAUUAGCAACCUUUAUUCCAUCUGCCUCCUUCAUUCCCCCGGCCAUGUAAUGGGAUUCACAGCUUCUGGGGAUUAGGACAUGGACAUCUUGUGGCGGGGGCAUAAUUCUGUUGACGACACCAAGAAACACUUGGAUGUUAAGGAUUCACCGAACACUGUUCAGGCUCCAGGUGCUGGGAGCAGCAGUGAACAAAGCCAACAGACACCGCCACCCUCAAGGAGUUCACGUUCAUGGGCGAGGGAACGGAUGAGAAACCCGGCAAUGAAAGUAAGUAGCAUAAUUGACUUGAAAAGUGCAGAGGAGAAAGAGAAGACAGAUGGAGAAUGACACCUGGCCCCUUCUCUAUUUCUUUAUUUGUUUCACUCUUGUUGCCCAGGCUGGAGUGCAGUGGCGCAAUCUCAGCUCACUGCAACCUCUGCCUCCCAGCUUCAAGUGAUUCUCCUGCCUCAGCCUCCCGAGUAGCUGGGAUUACAGGUGUGCACGCCCAGCUAAUUUUUUUUUUUUUUUUAGUAGAGACGGGGUUUCACCAUGUUGGCCAGGCUGGUCUCAAACUCCUGACCUCAGGUGAUCCACCUGCAUCGGCCUCCCAAAGUGCUGGGAUUCCAGGCAUGAGCCACCGUGCCCAGCCCCCCUUCUCUACUUCUAAGGUGACCCAGAUUCCUUUACUGCUUUCUGGCAAAUCCACCUCUGGCCAGGCGGUAGGCCGGUGACGCAGGGCUUGAAGGCCGUAAUGGGGACUUUUGUUUAAUGGUGAG